UCUGAAUGUGAUUGGCUCAUUUCGAUAUGACGUAUGCCGGGAAAUGGCCACGCAAGCCACUGGAAUCAUAACAUUGCAUAUGAAGUCUCAUCAUCAUUAUCGUUUAAUUUCAGCUAUUAAUUUAGCUGUCUCCGUCAUGACUGUUUGAGUCUAUAUUUGACAAGUGGACGUUACAACAACGAAAAGCUAUUUUGCGUGCGGUGCUAUGAAAACCCAUAUGUGAAGACCUGUUGCUGACGGCUGAGAAAGCUAACGUUAAGCAGCAGCUAGCUAAGACAUGGCAGUUCGCUUGUCAUGUCACUGCGGAAUGCAGAUUUUCCCACUUAAAGCAGGAAGUCGCCGCUAAAUAACGGCCUGGUUGCUGACAGAGGAGCCCUUUGGUACCGUCUGUUUCAAAUGACAUGACGACGAAUAGCUAACAGCAUGUGACUCUGCUUGCCACAAAGUGAAAAGAUGCCUCGUCUGGAAGAGCUGGCCAACGUUGCCCUCAGGGUGCCAAGCAUACUGAUGCUGGACCUGCUGUAUAAAUGUGACAUUGAAGGUUUAACGGAGCAUCUAAAGGCCAGAAAUGAAGGCAUGCUCUUCAAGUACAAAUACGUUAUCUGGAACAUGUACUACCUUGGUCACUUGAUAAACAUGGUGGUGUUGGUUUUGCCAUUGAGACACAUUGUGACGCUCUACCUCCAUAUCCUCGCUACCCUUCUUCUAUACAUGAUGCAUCUGAUUUCCAAGGAUUAUAUUCGUGAGGAGCUGCAGCAUGGUUAUGAAGGAGCAGUGUUCCUUGAUUCUCUGGCCUACAACAGAUUUGUUUCUGCAAUGAGCUGCCAGCUUAUUCUCAGCGCUCUGUGUGCCUUCCUGACAAAUACCAGAAAGGUGUGGUUGUUCUCUGCUUACCUGCUCCCCCUGCUGGCCAGACUCUUCACCGCUCCUCAUGCCACACUACUGACCGUCAACGAUUUCUCUAUGGAACUGACUGUGGCGGGGUUCACCGUGUUCCUCUUCUCUAAUCUCUUUUUGCCAUAUCACCUCGCAAGGGCCGCAUAUUCAGAACUGCUCCAACUGGAGGUGAUCGACCUGUACAGACUUCUGACUGUAGGAAUCUCUCUGUGGAACCAGUUUGCCUUCCCAGUGCUCUUCAGUGUCUUCUGGUUUGUUCUGUUCAUCUUCCGGCUGUGCUCAGACAUCGUAUCGGGCAGCGCCACCUCAGCAACCCAUCAGGGAACUGUGUACUUCCUGCUUACAAGUGUCUCUGAAUGUUGUGCCACACCAUACUCUCUACUGGGUCUGACCUUCGUGGUGUCCUAUCUGGCUCUUGGGCUGCUCAACCUAUGCAAGUUCUACCUGGGAGGUUUUGCAGCUGUUCAGAAUGAGAAUGUCAUGCACAGAGGUGUGACGGAGGGCGUCACUCUGCUCCUGCUCGCUCUUCAGACGGGUCUGUUAGAUAUGCAGGCAGUGCAGCGCACCUUCCUCCUCAGCAUCAUCCUCUUCAUCGUGGUGACUUCAACCCUGCAAUCCAUGAUUGAAAUAACUGACCCAGUUGUUCUGACCCUGGGUGCAUCGCGCAACAGGAGUCUCUGGAAACACUUCCGCGGCCUCAGCAUGUGUCUGCUCCUUCUCAUUUUCCCAGUGUUUAUGGCUCAUAAAAUUUCCCAGUUCUUUCACAUGGACUUCUGGCUCCUUAUACUGGUUUCUAGCUGCAUGCUGACUUCUCUACAGGUUACAGGCACCAUGCUGAUCUACUCCCUCUUUAUGGUGGAACUGUUUCGUUAUGACCCGAUCGAGAGCCUGGAUGAAGUGAUCUACUGGGUGAACGCUGUCAGCAGGGUGCUAGAGUUUGUGGUGGCUCUCUGCGUGGUGGCUUACGGCACCUGGGAGUCGCUGUUUGGGGAGUGGAGCUGGAUGGGUGCCUCUGUUAUUAUCAUCCACUCUUACUUCAAUGUUUGGCUCAGAGCUCAGUCAGGAUGGAGGAGCUUCCUGCUCAGACAGGAAGCAGCAAAGAAGAUCAACUCCCUCCCCAGAGCCACAGCCGAGCAGCUGCAGCAGCACAACGACGUCUGCUCCAUCUGUUUCCAGGACAUGAGCUCUGCUGUGAUCACAUACUGUGGACAUUUUUUCCAUGGCAACUGCCUUCGCAAGUGGCUCUAUGUGCAGGAGACCUGUCCCAUGUGUCACCAAACAGUCCAAUCCUCUCUCCCAGGUCAGAACCAGACUUCAGAUGAUGCUCCGGCAGCUCCACCUCCGAGAGGCACAGGGCCAGAAGUGGCUGCACAAGAGGGAGAUGUUAACCUGGACACUGGCAAACCACAGGAGAUGCAGAGCAAUGAUAUAACUACUGAUCGCACUGAGCAGCAGGAGGAGAAAGAACGCUUUGGGGAUGGAGACUGUGGAACAGAAGAUAAAGAUCAACCAGCUGAACCUGACACAAAGGCACCUCAGGCUCUUCAUUUCAGCUCCAGUGGAGACUUUGUGGGAUUUGUCAGCCCAGUGUCAAACUGCUCUUCAGGGGGGCUUUCUAGUCCCUCUGUGCUGCUGAGUAAAGCUCCUGCUAACAUGUACACCCAAGGGGAAGAGAAUGGAAGGGACUCUGAUCUACCGCUGACCCCUGAUGCUGUGAAUGAGAGCAUGGUGGAGGGCCAGUCUGACUCUGAUGGAACAGAACUUUCAGACAGCGUUAGACUGCAACAGAACGGCGAUGAUAAACAUGAGAGCUGUGAUUGGACACAUAAAUCAUGUAACAGGCCUGAUUCAUCAGAAUCAAAUUAUGCUGAUAAAAAUCAAGAGGCUGUCUCACAUGUAACCUUAUAGAUAGCCAAACCUUUAUCAAAUUGUGUAGUGAAAACUCAAAACAUUUAGACUGCACUGACAAUCCUCAGAGUCAUAAAGGUAACGGCACAUGUUCAGACUUGGGUGUGGAUGACCUCGGAGAUGCUGAGCCUGUCCCACAGAUCCCUCGGGUGCCCUCCUGGGACGCCACUUUACACAAGCACAGACAAGUGUAACUGAGUGUCCUGCAUCAGUGCCUUGAAGGGUAUAAAAGGGUGCAAAGGGGUGGUCACCCCCAAAGGGGAAUUUAACACAUUUGCCUUUUCUCUGUGAACCAGUGGAAAACACUGUAUAUUUUACAAGACAGUGUAAUGAAUGUGCUUCAGUUUUGUCUGGGUUGAAUAUAAAGACUAAAUUAUGUUGGGUGAAAUCGGUGCCCUUAUUAACUGUAAAGAAAUUGUAAAAAUAAAAGAUUACAGUGAAUAGGAACCUUGUAUAACUCUCAAGUAAUUAUCCUGCAUUGAUAUUUACCAGAUACUUGAUUAAUUUUCAUUUUUACCCCCUUGUCUUGUUCAUAUCUAAAACAUUUUGUGCUAGCAGCGUUGCAAAAGGAAAACUUCAGCAGUUGUCUUUGGUACUCAUGAAUCAGCCUUGUGUACGGCAAAGGUUUUUUUUUUUUACACUAGUAUUAAUUUACAGAUAUAAAAAUGUACUUUUUUUUUUAUUAUGAUUAUAUUUUAAGAAAAUCAUGACUGUGCGCAGUGAGGCUGGAAUUACGUGUCUUGAAGUUUAAACAGAACAUUUUUAAAAAUAUCGUUGCUGAUAAUAUUUGUGCUUGAGCAUUACAUGGUUCAGGUUUGCUGUAUAAGACUUUAAUCAAACCUACACCAUCUAAUUUAGCAACAUGCAUCACGUAAGGGUGAUGGAGUUUAGCAGCUGAGUGUAAAAAAAUGGUAGCAAAGCAGGACCCACCUGAAAGUCCUUAUCGUGUCAGGUGAAAUUUUGCUUUGUUUAUGCAUGUCCCCUCAUUCCCAGCAAAGUUACAAACAAAAUAGCUUGCACUAUGGCAGCAACAGACAAUUAUUUUUAUUAUUGAUUAAUAGUUUUGACAGUAAAACAGUUAAAUAUCAUAGACAAUAUUUCAUUAGUGGCCUGAGAGCAUGGAGACAGUAAUAAGGAACGUAUAGUUCUUUAUGAGGUUUAAAGAAUGUAAGAGGUUUUCUGUUUCAACAGGGAAAGGUAGUAAAUUGGGAGAAUUUACAUUUACGGAUAUAUAAUUUGGUUAUUAAAAUACGGAAAUUGACAAUGUAUUGAAAAAGUAAAAAAUGCAGCAAAACUUGCAGUGUAGCCAUAAAACAAAUUUAUUGCAAGACCAAUGCUUUUCGGCUUUUGGACUUGGACUCAGGGUCUGUUACAAACACAUACAUGUCAGCCACAAAGUGAUUGGUUGUUGUUUUUUUACAUCCAUACCACUUAAACAACUAUGUUAUGUACUUUUAACAGACAGACCCUGAUGAAGGUAACAGGCCAAAACGCAUUGGUCUUGAAAUAAAGUUGUUUUAUACACUGCAAAUGUUGCUGGGAUUUUGACCCCUUCAGUUAUUUUGUCAUCUACUGUAUGCAUCUUGACAGUGCGUGAAGUUGUGCUAGAAUGUGUUUUA